AUGGGGAAAGAUAAAGGACCUUCAUUCAACCUCAAGACCCCCAAGGGCACCAAAGAUUGGUCCGGGUCCGACGCCCUCCUCCGAGACCGCAUCUUCACCACCAUCUCCAAUGUCUUCAAGCGCCACGGCGGAACCGCUCUGGACACCCCGGUCUUCGAGCUUCGCGAGAUCCUAGCUGGAAAAUACGGCGAGGACUCCAAGCUCAUCUACGACCUGCAGGACCAGGGCGGCGAGAUCUGCUCCCUGCGCUACGACCUGACUGUGCCCUUUGCGCGUUGGCUCGCCAUGAACUCCGACGUCCGCAGCAUCAAGCGCUACCACAUCGCCAAGGUCUACCGCCGUGACCAGCCCGCCGUCAGCAAGGGCCGUAUGCGUGAGUUCUACCAGUGCGACUUCGAUAUCGCCGGUACUUUCGACCCAAUGGUGCCCGAUGCCGAGAUUUUGCGCAUUGUCAGCGAGGUCUUCGAGGAGCUGGGCUGGGGUGGCCGGUACACCAUUAAGCUCAAUCACCGCAAGAUCCUGGAUGGUGUUUUCGCCGUCUGUGGUGUGCCGGAGGAAAAGACCCGGCCCAUCUGCAGUGCCGUCGACAAGUUGGAUAAGAUGCCGUGGGCAGAUGUGCGCAAGGAGAUGGUUGACGAGAAGGGUCUUGACGGCGAGAUCGCAGAUCGCAUCGAGAAGUACGUUAUGCACAAGGGUUCUCGCGAGCUGGUCGACUCUCUCCUAAAGGAUGAGGCUCUCAACGCCAAUGCCUCUGCCAAGGCCGGUCUGGAGGAAAUGGCUUUGAUGAUGAACUACUUGGAGGCAUUUAACGUGCUGGACAAGGUCUCCUUCGACAUGUCUCUUGCCCGUGGACUGGACUACUACACCGGUGUUAUCUACGAGGUUGUCACCGAGGGCUCGGCUGGUGUUCAGGCCAGUGCCGCUGACGCGGGAGAGCCCGCUAAGUCCGGCAAGAAGGGCAAGGGAAAGCCCUCCGAAGACGAAGAUCGUUCCAACGACCCCACACUCGGCGUUGGUAGUGUCGCUGCCGGUGGCCGCUACGACAAUCUGGUCGGCAUGUUCCUGCCCAAGGCGCAGAUCCCCUGUGUCGGAAUUUCAUUCGGCGUUGACCGUAUCUUCUCCAUCACCAAGGCACGUCUGGAGAAGGAGAAGAAGUCUGCUGCCCUGCGGAGCAGCGAAGUCGAUGCCUACGUCAUGGCUUUCGGUGGUAAGGGCUUCACUGGCAUGUUGACAGAGCGCAUGGAUAUUUGCCAGAAGCUGUGGAGUGCUGGCAUCAGGGCCGAGUUCUCCUACAAGGCAAAGCCCAAGCUUCCCCAACAGUUCAAGGCCGCCGAGCAAGGCGACAUCCCCUUUGCCAUUAUUCUGGGCGAGGAAGAGCUUGCCGCUGGCAAGUGCCGUAUCAAGGAGAUGGGUCUGCCCGAAGGACAUGCUGAGAAAGAGGGUGUUGAGGUUACCCUCGAAACCCUGGUCCCUGAGCUGCAGGCCCGUCUCUCCAAGAAGCAGGACGGCGUUGUCUCGACGUUGGCACAGCAGCUGCAAAGCACAUCUGUCUAA